AACUUGACUCUCACACAUGCACAGAUAAGUUUAUACUGUACAACAUACCUUUAAUAAUCAACUACCAGCCAGAUGCAUUACACAUAUCUAUAGAUACAGAUGGAAUUACCAGAAACGGUGUCAACUAGAUUUACACCCCAGUAUCGAGGAGCCCGAUACACAAUUUAGGAAGUCAUAUAACAACAAAAUAAAAACAACAAAAAGGUUAUAUUACGAAGGAUAUAAUGUACUUAAUUAAGUAGCUUAAAUGUAUAUAUAUCCUGAAUAAUGAGCUCGUGUUCUAUGUACAGGUAGAUAAUAAUGUAUCCGUUACUGUUACACAUAUGUGAGGUGUGAACUUUAUGCCUGUACAUAUAAUGUUCACAUACACCUGUACCCGGCCAAUACACAGCCGGGACGGUAUUUCCGGAUAGCAUGAAACAAAAAGGUUUUGAUAAUAUGAAAAUAUCAGCUGUGGUAUUGACAAUUCUGUUGACAUGUGUCCUGAAUUCAGAGGCCAAAGAUAAAGAAGAAAAUUUAAAAUCGGACAUAGUAUACGUAGCGCCCUCUGGUGUGAAGUGUGUGAAAUGUUCUCCGGGUACCCACCUCCUGAGCCACUGUGUCAGCGAGAACACAAAUUCCCGUUGCCAACUAUGUGAGGACGGGACAUUCACGUCGGAGUAUAACGUUGCAGAGUAUUGUGAUCCUUGCAUGGAAUAUUGUGAAAUCGCUGACUUGGUGCCUGUCGUUAACUGUUCAAACACAUCAAAUCUAAUAUGUGAAUGUCCAAACGGAAAAUUCAAUCUAUUUCCGCAUUUGGACAAAUACCAUGCAGUCUGCCAGAAGUUUGGUCUAUGCGGGCCUGGAUAUGGUGUUUAUGUCAAAGGUACCUCGAAAAAUAAUACAACCUGUGCUAGAUGUGUAUCGGGAAAAACAUUUUCUUCUACUACUUCCGAAUUUGAUGAAUGCCAACCAUGCAUAAAGUGUGGCCCAAGGAUCAUCUUGACUGAGUGUACCUUGACGGAGAACCGGAAGUGUAAUCUCGAACCCCCUGUUCAGCAUAGAGUUUCAUCACCAGUUGAUUGGAAGCUAGUGUUGGCAGUAGUCCUGUCUGUCGCAACUGUACUUAUACUAGGAGUUGGUGUUUUACUCAUCCUAUGGCUUAGGAAAUCGAAGAAAUGUUGUUUCAAUGAAGAGCAUGGCCAAGAUGCAGUGAGGUUAAAUCAAUUAACCGAUGAAAGGUCGCCCAACAGAUCAGCAUAUCCCCAAUCUGAAUACCAAGCCUAUGGUGACCAGCGAUCAGAGUCGUCUCUCCCUGUAACAGCAACAGGUGUGGCACUAUCUCUGCCGUCAACGUCAUCUCAACCCAACCAGACUCCGAAGGAUAGCUGGGGAUCGUCUUUUUAUGUUAUAAGGCAGAGCGUUGGUGAAUAUUUGAUUACAAACGGACCGUGGGAAUUUUUCAUUCGGGAGUACUAUCAAGUUACGACGAAUAACUCUGAUGGAAACGUUGAUGCAAAGAUAACAGAGAUCAAAAUAAAUCAUCCUAACAAUGUUAAGGAGCAGAUUUAUCAGUGUUUGACGUUUAUCUGUGAGAGGGGUGCGACACCAGAGAAGUUGAUAGAAGCCCUUAUACGGAGGGAAUUCCACUCCCUCGUGGCAACGUUACGUAGGGAUUUCCCUGACGUGUUUAAUUCAGGCGAAAUUGAAGUAUAGGUAUAUGGAAAUUGUUUUCAGUUACCUUCUUAAGAAUAGAAAAUAAAAAUGUCGACUCUUUGGUCCAGUAUUAUGAUCUUCCUCUAUCAGGAUAUCAAAGGGUUCUGUGAUUAAUGUCCUGUGAACCUGUACUUUAGAAAAAAUGAGAACAUUAGGGACGAUAUACUUACAGGUAUGUAACCUUUCACGGUUGUAUGACUGCUACAUUCGACAAAUCGACUAAAGGUGAAAAACAAGGCACCAUAUCAUAUGGUCUUAAAAUGCUUACAGCAACAAGAAGCAAUAUAUUAAUUAUGCAUUAAAACGUUAAGCUAUUGAAUUCAGGAAUUGAAAUCACUUUAAAAAGUUAUUUGCUAGAUUUUCAUAGUAUGGUUUUGAAGCUGUUCGUUCAAUUUUCUGUGUAUGAUUGUUAAGUCGGAGUGAUGAAUCUUUCUUAUUGUGCCAAUGAUAUGCUAGAUUUUGUCAGAUAACAAAAUGACAUUUUUCAAAGCGUUUUGAGUCAAAUUAAGUUUGACCUCUCUAUGUUGGUUGUGAAAGGGUUUCAUCCAGAGGAAUUCGUUUCCCAAUCUGAUCUUGUGUAAAUUAAAGACCCUGUCCGACUGCAACGUUUUUUUUUAAUAUACAGUGACCUCCCUUUUACUUCCGUGUGGUCAUAACAGUAGCACAGUUGGACAUGAACACUUCCGUUGGCGAGACAGCUCAUUUGUUUUUGUAUAUACAGUAACAUUCCUUUCACUUCUGUUAGGACAUAACUGUAGCAUAGUUUACCAUGGAUACUUCCGUUGGCGAGAUUGGUUACUAUCCGAAGUCCAUCGUUUGAACCCCGGUCUAGCUCCUACUAUUUAUUUCCCCACUCAGAACACUGCUGUUGAUUAUAUUUUGUUUAUUUCAUCUUAAUUAUUUCUCAUAAAAGUCUGUCGAGGUAUGAUUUUAUUAUCAGAAAUAGUUUUAGUAAUACAUGUACUUUUUUGCCAGUGGUUAGGGGAUCGUAAACCAUGACUUAUCUUUCUCUGUUUUUGGCUUCAUUAUGUUUGCAGUGAUUAUAAAUAUACCAAAUUGUAUAAUAUAACAAUAUACUCAUAUAUAAUCUGUUGUUAUUGUGUUGGAGUGAAUGUGAUUUAUUUUUAAAUACACCCACAGAUGACUACAAGAUACUCGAUUAAAACUUGUCUUAUUAUUAUAAUUAGCAUUUUCCUUAACUGAAAGUAUAGGAAGGUUAUGAAAAUUAAGAUUAAACGAAACAAUAAAUGAUGUAAAUUAUUUCUGAAUCAUAUAAUGUUGGUAUACAAUUGUGAUAUAUAAGUUCGUCUCUGGCCAUUGUCCUAGACUCAACUAUGAAACCCACUUCAUUUAAUCUCACUUCAAAUCUAUAAAUAUAAAUUAUGUAAGAAAUACCAAAUCAAUAACUACGAUGGUCGAUGCUACAAUUAGUAAGCAAACGCACGCCAUGAUUCAGUUAUUAUAACAGGCAAAAUUGUUUAGAUUUCGAUCGAAAUUUAUGUUAUCAUGAAAUAUUAAUUGUGAAAAAACGAAGUCAAGAUCUUCGUCAAUCUUCGUCUUCGUGUGCGGUGAUAAAUAUUCAUAUACUAUUGAGAUGUAACGUAUUCCUCUUUAAGAUGUCAACGAUUGACAUUGGACAUGCGUAUAGCAAUAUAUAGUUUAAAGCAAUUCAUAUUCUUUUGGAUCUGCGUCUGAAUUUUCAAUAACAAAUCUAAAUGAAUAUCUUUUAAUGAUAUCCUUAAUAUAUUGUUAUACUACUGUAAUAAUUAUAUAUUUCUUACUUUGAUAAAAAAUAAAUAUACA